CGCAGCAGAUAAAACUCGCGGCAUUUGCCUUGAGAGUUGAGAGACGUGGACGAGAGUAGAAAACACGCGGUUGACGCGUCUUGUUGACCGCUUCUCUCUCCGCCCUUUUUAUCGAUAUUCUUAUUACAAAGUGCUUACUUUAGGUCUCAAAUUCCUGUCCGAAUUUCAAUUUUGGAGAAACCUUUUUCUUUGAUUUCUUCCAUCAUGGCGACCAACAACAACAACCAUAACGAUGCCUACAACAAUGGCGUUGACGAAUCGAGCCCUUUCCUCGCCAACCAAGUCGAUGGAGCUGACGACAAAAAUUCCGGAAAACCCUCGAAGGAGUCUUCACCGGAGAAGUCUCCGGCACCGGGAUAUGUAAAUUGCGGCGCUGAAUAUGGCUGGACCGCCGAUGGGUUGCCUUUAGGACACGGCAGCGUGGUUGGCGAGCCCAUUCGUCGGAAUCAGUGGGAUUCUAGCCUCUUCGCUUGUCUCGGGCGCAACGAUGAAUUCUGUAGCAGCGAUCUUGAAGUUUGUCUUCUUGGAAGUGUAGCUCCUUGUGUGCUAUAUGGAGCCAAUGUAGAGAGACUUGGAUCCAGUCCUGGUACAUUUGCGAAUCAUUGUCUACCUUACUCUGGUCUAUAUCUUCUUGGAAAUUUCUUUUUUGGUGGGAACUUUCUUGCUCCGUGGUUUUCAUACCCUAGCCGUUCUGCCAUACGCAGGAAGUUUAACUUAGAGGGUAGCUGUGAAGCACUCCACAGGUCCUGCGGGUGCUGUGGAAGCUUUGUGGAAGACGAUUUGCAGCUUGAACAGUGUGAGACUGCUUGUGACUUUGCUACUCACAUCUUCUGCCACACGUGUGCCCUCUGUCAAGAAGGUCGUGAGCUCCGUCGCCGGCUUCCUCAUCCCGGUUUUAAUGCUCAACCAGUUUUGGUUAUGAUCCCCCCUACAGAGCAAACUAUGGGCCGUGGAGCUUAAGAGUAUCUGCCUGAACAUGGACGAGUGCGGUCCAUCUACUAUUGUGAUAUUAUCAUAUGAUAUAUAAAAUUGUUUUACUAGGUUAUCUUUUGUUUGAACACUUAUCAAAACUAAAUUUACCAUGAAAAUGUAGACUUAUGCACAUGCUGUUAUGUUUAUAUAUUUACUUUUUUAAAAAAGUAAUAUAUUUGUAUGAUUAUUCCUGAUUUUGAAGUAGACUUGCAGAGUGUUAAUUGUUUAUAUAAGGGAAAGGGAAGUGGUACUUUGAUACUUGCCCCCACGUUGGGUGUGAAGCUAAAAGAUGAUAUGUUUAUUUUUACAUAAAAGUUUAACCUAAAUUUACGGUAAGAAGAUAAUAAUUUGGUGAGAUUUCCUUUCCUUAACAUAGAAUAUAAAGGUGUUUUUAAAGUGUUAGGUAGAAUGGAAAGAAAAUAAAAUAGAAAGAAACUUUUAUUUAUUUGUUUUUAUUUUUCUAUAUUGUUUGGUAAACAGAAGGUAUGAAAAUAAUCUUAUAUUAUAAAAUUUACUAUUUUAUUCAU